UACUGAGGCCGGAGACAUCUGGAGAGGCCGUCAAAACACUCUGGAGCUUUUCAUUGUUUUCAAAACGGAACUGGUUUGCAGAGGAGAAAGAAAAGUCCCAUAACUUCUCCUACACACGACUUCCGUCUUUAGUUUGGUUCCCAAACAGGAUGCUGGAGCAUGAAUUUGAGUCAAAGGCUUUCACCAGUCGUUGUUUGGCUACGAAUGAACAACCACAUAGUGAUUUGAUGCUGGAAACACUACGACUUUAGUGAAGUUUUCUCUUCAUUUGUGUAGAAAUGAAGCUGUUCAUCCUCUGUCUGCAGCUCAUCGGCACUCUUCAAGGUUUAUCCGGAUCCCGCCAUGAAACGCUGUGCACCUCCAACACCUGCUACACUUCCCACAUGGAGAAAGCAACUUUUAACAAAGCCAAUCAGAACUGCAUAAACAACGGAGGGCAGCUGAUGACCAUCAGGAGCAAACACGAAGAGGACAUGUUGCGCUCACUUCUCUCACAGAUCCAAGAAAAAAGUCACGGCAAACUGGCAGCAUUUUGGAUCGGACUCAAGCUGCAGAAGAAGGACUGUGUCGUCCACGGAAAGCCCCUCCGAGGGUUCAAGUGGGUAUCUGGGGAGGACGAAUCCACUUACUCCAACUGGAAAGACAAUCCUCCUCUCACAUGCACGACAGAGAGCUGUGUGAAAAUCAAUCACACUUUUUCAGACCAGAAUCAGCUGAAGUGGAUGGCUGCAGGAUGCAGGAGCCGCGCUUUUUACGCAUGUAAGUUUUAUUUUCAGGGCAUGUGUCAACCUUUGGCUCUGCAGGGACCUGGACAUAUCAGCUACACUGCACCUUUCUCCGACAUCCCACAAAUAGGAAAGAUGGACUUACUCCCCAAGGGAACAUACUCAAAGAUCACAUGCAGUGACCAGCAGUCACACUACUCUGUGUGCACAGAGGUGGACGGCACUUUCCGCUGGACCAAUCCCGGCCCUUUCUGCAAGUCGGAGAAGCAAAGCUGCGAAAUAAACAACGGUGGGUGCGAACACAUCUGCAGUCUGGAUGGAGAUUCUGUUCGGUGUUCCUGCAAAGACGGUUACAACUUGGAUGAUGAUGCCUUUUCUUGCAGAAUCAGAGACCUGUGUGGCCCUGACACCUGUGAGCAUGAGUGUGUGAUGGGGGUGUCGGGGUUCUUCUGCAAGUGUCCGGAUGGUUUUCACUUGGAUGCAAACCAACGCACUUGCUCCGACAUUGACGAGUGCCGGUUGGAGACAUGUGAGGGGCAUGAGUGCAUAAAUACGCCUGGCGGUUAUGAAUGCGUGUGCAGAGACGGCUAUGAAAUGUUGUCAGGAGAGUGCAGAGACAUAGACGAGUGCACGUCAUCCACAUGUGAGCACAGGUGCUUAAACCACGCCGGAUCAUUCUCCUGCAGCUGCAAUGACGGCUUUGCUUUAUCCAGUGACGGGCGCUCCUGUGUUGAUGUUGAUGAGUGCAUGGAUGACCUCUGUCCCAUCAAAUUUACAUGCAUCAAUACUAUCGGCAGCUUUCAGUGCGCACGCCACCAGGAGAACAGAGAAACAACUGCAGCACCUCCUAUGUCAGCAGAGGGCUCAGCAGAUGAAGAGUCCCACGAGAACGCCACACAGUCCCUGAUCACUGUGGAGCUCCAGCAUGAGUCCCCUCACGUUAAUGUGGCGCCGCCGGUAGUGAUCAACGUCACAGACGCCAAUCAACGCAUCAAUGCGUCAACAAGUGAGGCCAAAACCGUCAAAUCCAAAGUGCUCAUCUGCAUCCUCGGCUCUGUGGUUCCUCUCCUCGUCUUGGUUGCGGUCACUCUGUUUAUUGUGGUUUAUCGGUGCAGUCGCUCCAAGAAGGAGGUCAAGAAGAACGCCUCAGCGGAUGGGUACUGCUGGGUGUCCUCUGGUCUGGACCCCCGUUUGGAGAAAUUGUAUGAGUCCAUCAUGACUGAUGAUCUAUGACCGGAUGUGGACCAAAAGACGUUUAUUUAUAUUAUUUAUGUUGGGUUUUCUUUUAUCAAAUCUAUAAUGAACAAGGGUAAAUCAAAGGUCAGGUCUGGUUGUAAAGAUUCGAAAUCUGCUAUUUUUUUGAGAAAUCUUGUAACAAAUGUAAAUAAAAUAUGCAUUUUUUUUCCAUCUUGUGUUGUCUAAAUUUAAAAAAGUUUUGUAAAACUUGUUUUAUUUCAUGUUAAUUGUAUAUAAUGGUUUCAAGUUGAAUCACUUUACUCUGUUUUUGACUUGUUGCACAUUUCACUUCAGUCAUCAGUUGUGUGUCUUUGGUGUUUUCUGCAAAGUCAUUUGACCAAAAAAAAAAAAAAAGCACAAUUUCCUACCCCUCUUUGGAGCUGCAGCACCAUGGAAAGUUUCUGCUAAUCUAGUGGGAACACGAGUACAAAUUAGUGUUGCUUCUGACUGCUUCCUGUUUCUGUUUGAGGGGAAUAAUAAGGGUGUGGGGAGUUCUUUGUUUGGACUGAAAGGUUCCAGCUAUUUUGAUAGCGUGACCAAACGCCAUGUAAAUAUGGAUGAUUGAGGUGUUUAUAUAUAUAAUGUCACCAAUAAAGAUCUUGAAAUCUUGAAACCA